UUGUGCCAGUGACAUGCUUACAGUUAGCUCUAAGCACCAAGGACCAAACAGUUGGUUUGUGAUCAUGUCCAUAUAAGGCAGGGGAGAAUAUCUGCUUCAUUUUCAGUUAAUUUGCCCGUUUGAAAUAAUUUAUUUCUUAAGAAUAAGCCCAGUCACUAUACCGCAAUUUUUUAAAUACAAUUAUGGAUCUUCAGAUUAUCUAUGAAACAGAUGUUGGAGUAUGAAUGUGUGACAUAGUCCAGUGACCGGAGAACAGCAGAGCGGCGCUGUGAGAAACGAUGAGGGGAAUAUGAGGUGGAUGUGGCUCGUCGCCUGAGGAAGUUAUUGGAAAUUAUGAAAUGACAUCACCAGUUUUUUCAUGGCUUUGUUCGGUGCGUCUCCUGACCACGCCUUCCUGCCACCGCGAUCAUAAAGCAGCCAGGCUGUGUGAGUGCGUGCACCAGUUGAACUCCAGUCGGCGCAGACAACAGGUGCACUACAGCCUCCCUCCACCUCGCCGUUGGAUAAUGCCCACAGAGCGCUCCUCGUCGCUUUGCGCCGGGCUUCCUCAUCUGCACUUUGAACAUUUGCACGCUUUUAUAUCCUGAUCGCUUCCAGAUACAGAAAAAAAAAUGCCUUUUCCGCCCAUCAGCCUCCACCAGCGGAUCUCCUCUCCUGGCAGGGAACUAUUCGGGAAAAAGAAAGCCAACGGAGUGCCUCCUCAAUCUGAGCUCACCAGCAAAUCCGGUGGAGAGAAAGGGGGGUCCGACAAGGAGAAGCAGUCCUCUUCUUGGACCUCGGCGAAUUUAAGGAAUUUGGGGCGAAAAGCCCUGCAAGAGAAGCGUAAAAGCCCAGCUCAGAAGCCGGGGCCCGCUCAGGAGUCUCAGGGAAAGUGCUCCUGGCUGUCGGUGCCCAAACCUCAGGACUCAUCGGAGGGAGUCAGGCGCUCCAGCUCCAUGGACUCUACCAGACAUCUCCACGGGAAAGACGAAGGAAAGAAGGAGAUUCAGUUUACCCUCAGCCUCACCCCCGAGGCCAUUCUCGUCAUCCAAAAACGUAAUUUAGAAAAACAGAUGAUGGCGAAGCAGCAGAAGUGUUGCGCCUCCGCGGACUUUCGGCACCGGCGAGUUUUUCCAUCCAAAAAGACGCACGGAGGGUCCAAGGGCUGCGCUCCUGUCGCCAAAGUGGAGAGCGCCGAACAGGACAUCACCGCCAUCGUUAAAAUAUCUCUGUUGAAUGAUCAAUACAAGUACGAUGAUGUGGAGUAUGAGGAAGAGGAUGCGGAUGUGGAUGAGACUGUUGUAAGGAAAUGUAAAGAGUGGCUGAAAGGGGUCGAAAACGCCGCUGCUUUGGGAAAAGUGGACAAACUUUCUGCACUCCCGCACCUUAAAGGCUGCUGACACCUUACGCCUGAUCUCUUACUUCUAAACUUCCAGUGAAGAGACGAUGGACUCGCACUGAUCGGGGCGCCUGUGGAUUGGCAGAGAGCUUUGCCUAAAGGGACGCGAAACCGUUCCUUUGUGCUGGAGAACAAUAAACUGUCAACAACAGGGCUUUAUUUGCGCCUGCUGCAGAAACCAAACUGGACUGUUUAUUUUUCCUCUAAUGAGAGGGUUAUAUCCUUUGUAGGGAUUUAUCAGUGUUGUACAGUAUUUAAUAUUUACUAAAUAUUUGUACUGUCAAACGUUUUCUCAGCUGAUGAUUUUAUGCCAUUUGAAGUAAAACGUUUUUUUUUUAAUUAUACAAGUGUCUCUGACCCUUUUAAAUCUGCUGGUU